AUGACGGCCGACGAGAUCACCUCGGCCCCGGGCCAGCCAGACACCGGUCAGACCAGACCGGCCGACCCCUUCAACGAGCAGUUCGCCCAGAAGCUACAAGAAAGAGACGACGAGCUCGACCUCCGCGAUGAGACCGUUAUCGAAAACAACAAGUUCGCCUUCACGCCGACGCAGCUCCACAAACUCACCACGGCCCGCAGCCUCUCGGCGCUCCGACGGUUCGGCGGCCUCGCCGGUCUCGCCGCCGGACUGCGAACAGACCUCGCCGCCGGCCUGAGUGUCGACGAGACCAGCCUCGACGGCACAAUCUCCUUCGAGGAGGCCGUCGCCGCCGCCGAGGCUCACCGUCCCGCCGAGAUCACGCCCGUCCCGCCGUCGUCCUCCUCCCCCUCCUCCCCCUCCGCCCCCCCGCCGCAACACGAACACGGCUUCAAGCUCGACCUGGACCUCGGGCAGCACGAGCGCAAGGACUUCAUCGACCGGCGGCGCAUCUACGGCGAGAACAGGCUUCCGAAGCGCAGGCAAAAGUCCUUUUUGCGGCUCGCGUGGAUCGCCUUCAACGACAAGCUCAUGUUCCUCCUGACGCUGUCGGCGACCAUCUCGCUGGCGCUGGGCAUCUACGAGACGGUCGACGCGGCCGACGACGAGCCCAACAUCCAGUGGGUCGACGGCGUGACGGUCGUGGUGGCCAUCCUCGUCAUCGUCUUUGCCAGCGCCGCCACGGACUGGCAGAAGAACGCCCGGUUCGCCAAGCUCAUCGAGCGAAAGGAGCAGCGCGACGUCAAGGUGAUCCGGUCCGGCCGCACGCAGAACAUCUCCGUGUACGACGUGCAGGUCGGCGACGUCAUGCACAUCGAGACGGGGGACGUCGUCGCCGUCGACGGCGUGCUCGUCCAGGGGUCCGGCGUCCAGGUGGACGAGUCCUCGCUCUCGGGCGAGUCCGAACUCGUCCACAAGAGCGUCCCCGGCGACGGUUACGGCAACAUCAGCACGCGUAACGAGAAGGCCUACCGUCCCUCGACGACUGCGGCGGCGGCGGCAGACCCCUUCAUCCUCAGCGGCACGACGGUCUCGGGCGGCGUCGGCGCGUACCUGGUGACCUCGGUCGGCAGCAACUCGACGUACGGCAGGACGUUGAUGUCGUUAAGGGAGGACGUCGAGGAGACCCCGCUCCAGCAGAAGCUGGGCAAGCUCGCGAAGCAGCUCAUCACCUUUGGCGCCAUUGCCGGCGUCAUCUUCUUCCUCAUCCUGUUCAUCCGCUUCUGCGUCGGCCUGCCGGCAAUGCAAGGGACGCCGUCCGAGAAGGCCGAGACCUUCUUCAAGCUGCUCAUCCUCGCCGUCACCGUCGUCGUCAUCACCGUACCCGAGGGUCUGGCCCUCGCCGUGACGCUCGCGCUCGCCUUCGCGACGACCAGGAUGCUCAAGGAUAAGAACCUCGUCCGCCUGAUCCGUUCGUGCGAGAUCAUGGGCAACGCCACGUGUAUCUGUUCCGACAAGACGGGGACCCUGACGCAGAACAACAUGACCGUCGUCACCGGCAGGCUCGGCCUGACCGAGAGAUUCGGAGAUGUACAUGUUCCGUCAAAGGAACAGGCGCCCGUUGGCGAUGUCGACAUCAAGAAGGAGGCACCCAGCAGCGAAGACGUAACAAGCCAGGAUGUUACACCCAGAGCACUGCUGGAGUCGCUGAGCGGCGAGGUGAGAGAGCUGAUGAAGAACAGCAUCGCCCUGAACUCGACCGCCUUCGAAAGCGACAAUCCGACGGACCCGGGCUUCGUGGGCACCAGCACCGAGACGGCGAUGCUCCGGUUCGGCCGCGAGUUCCUCUCCAUGGGCCCCCUGAACGAGGAGAAGGCCAACAACGAGAUCGCCGACAUGUUCCCCUUUGACGCUUCGAGGAAGUGGAUGGCCGUCAUGUCGAGGCUCCCCAACGGCCACUUCCGGCUGCUGGUCAAGGGCGCCGCCGAGGUCGUCUUCGAGCAGUGCACCAGCGUCCUCCACGAGCCGCGGAGGGGGCUCUCGACACAAGACACGACGACGGACGACGCGGCGCGAGACGACAUCCGGGCGACGAUCCGCGAGUACGCCAAGCAGAUGCUGCGUCCCAUCGCCAUGGCCUACAAGGACAUGGACGCCGCGGCGGCCUUCGAGAGGCCGGACGACCCGGACUCGAUCCGGUUCGAGAAGCACUUUGGCGACAUGACGCUCGUCGGCGUCUUCGGCAUCCGCGACCCCCUCCGGCCCGAGGUCCUCGACUCGGUGCGCCAGUGCCAGGAGGCCGGCGUCUUCGUGCGCAUGGUCACGGGCGACAACUUUUUGACGGCCAAGGCCAUCGCCUCCGAGUGCGGCAUCUACACGGCCGGCGGGCUCGCCAUGGACGGCCCCACCUUCCGGAAGCUCACGCCGGCGCAGCUGGACCUCGUCGUGCCCCGGCUCCAGGUGCUGGCGAGGUCGAGCCCGGAGGACAAGCUGCUGCUCGUCUCGCACCUCAAGGGCAUGGGGGAGACGGUCGCCGUCACGGGCGACGGCACCAACGACGCCCUGGCCCUGAAGGCCGCCGACGUGGGCUUCGCCAUGGGCAUCCAGGGCACCGAGGUCGCCAAGGAGGCGGCGUCCAUCAUCCUGCUCGACGACAACUUUGCCUCCAUCGUUAAAGCUCUUGUUUGGGGCCGGACGGUCAACACGGCCGUCAAGAAGUUUCUCCAGUUCCAAUUCACCAUCAACAUCACGGCCGGUACUCUCACGGUCGUCUCGGAGCUGGCCGGCGACUCCAUGUUUACGGUCGUGCAGCUCCUCUGGAUCAACCUCAUCAUGGACAUCUUCGCCUCCCUCGGCCUCGCGACGGACUACCCGUCCCCGGACUUCCUCAAGAGGCGCCCCGAGCCGCGCAACGCGCCCAUCGUCAACAUCACCAUGUGGAAGAUGAUCCUCGGCCAGGCCGUCUACCAGCUCGCCGUCAUGUUCACCCUGCACUACGCCGGCGACGCCCUCUUCCGCCCCGCCACGGCCGCCGACCGCGCGUCGCUGCAGACCAUGGUCUUCAACGUCUACGUCUGGAUGCAGUUCUUCAACCAGCACAACUGCCGCCGCGUCGACAACCGCCUCAACAUCUGGUACCAGGGCGUCCUGCGCAACCCGUGGUUCCUCGGCGUCCAGUGCGCCACCGUCGCCGGCCAGAUGGUCAUCAUCUGGAAGGGCGGCCAGGCCUUUGACACGCGGCCCCUCAGCGGGCCGCAGUGGGCGUGGUCGAUGCUCUUCGGCGUGCUGGUCAUCCCCCUCGGCGCCGCCGUGCGCCAGGUGCCCGACGCCCACGUCUACGCCCUCUUCCAGGCCAUCAAGAGGGGCUUCCUCGGCGCCGCGCGCGGGCUCUCCCGGGUCCUGGUGCCGUCCCGGUGGCGCAAGAAGGCCGAGGAGGAAGUCGCCCACGACAUGGGCGCCGCCGAGAGCUGGGUGCUGCAGACGGGCGCGGCGCUGCUGAGGCCGAUGAACUACGAAUGGGGCAGCCAGACGCCGCCGCCGGCCGGCGCCUCGCGGCUCGCCGGGCGCGUGUCGAGCAUCCCCGCCGCGCAGAGGGAGGCCCUGAUCCGCGCCGCCAAGGCCGGCACGGGGGACAACGAGAUCGACGUGGCCGCCAUGGUCGACGCCGCGCGGUACGCAAAGGUCGAGCUGUCGUACGGCCUCGAGGUGCACCCCGAGACCUCCAAGGAGGACCCCAUCCUGCUGACCUCGAUCGGCGUUGACGGGAAGAAGUGCCCGCCGAGCCAGGACCCGGAGAUUCUGCGGUACUUGCAGCAGCCGUCAUGA